UUGAAAUAUACAGACUAUUAUGCACCAUCCUGCUCGGUGUCUGGUACCUGAUCCUCAAUGCGUGGUACUGCUGAUUCUGUUGAACACCCUGGCUGAUCCAGAUCAUUACCACUUUUCAAGUUCUGAACUCAGGGGUGACUUUGAGUUCAUGGAUGAUGCCAACAUGUGCAUUGCCAUCGCGAUUUCUUUUCUCAUAAUCCUUAUCUGUGCCAUGGCUACGUAUGGAGCAUACAAGCAACACGCAGCCUGGAUCAUCCCAUUCUUCUGCUACCAAAUCUUUGAUUUUGCCCUGAACACCUUGGUUGUGGUCACCAUACUUGUUUAUCCAAAUUCCAUCCAGGAAUACACACGACAGCUGCCUCCUGAUUUUCCUUACAAAGAUGAUAUCAUGUCAGUGAAUCCUACCUGUUUGGUCCUCGUUAUUCUUCUAUUUAUCAGCAUUAUCUUGGCUUUUAAGGGUUACUUGAUCAGCUGUGUUUGGAACAGCUAUCGAUAUAUCAAUGGCAGGAACUCCUCUGAUGUCCUAGUUUAUGUUACCAGCAACGACACUACGUCUGCUGAGGGUACAGGCAACUUUUCAGGGCAGCUGUCUUCCAUGUGGGAGCAUAGAACCAUCCGCCCGGUUGGGAGGCACUUCCUUAACAAUUCUUUCCACAAUUGUUGUGGUAGUGGAAGAGAGCAUCUGCUCAGUCUUACAGACUGGUCCCAACUGGCUCAGGUUGGUUUAACUGUAUUAGAUCGGUUUUUAUCAGAAUAG